UAUAUUAUCUGUGUGCUUCCCUGCUUUCUAAUGUCAGUCAAUAUUUUUGUUAUGUUGCAGGUUGACGAGUAAUUAAGAAUACUUAGUUAAAUCAAGGUGAUCUAUAAUCUGAGGUUGGCUUUGCUGGAGAGUCCUGCCCUGACAAAGUAGAGAUGGCCCUGGUAAAAUCAGAUGAGAAAGCCAUGGUUCCUCUGACUUCCAAACCAGCAUGGGAAAAAGAAAAGAAACCAGACAAAAGAAAAGUACUUGAUGAAGAGAUGUUUGUUAGCGACCUGGAAAAAAUCAUCCAGCGUGACUUCUUUCCUGACUUGAAGAAGUUGAAAGCUCAGCAUGAAUACAUGGAAGCCAUGCAGAGGAAUGAUUUGGAGAAGAUGAGAGAGAUGGCCAUCAAGUAUGCAUCCACCUGCAGAACAUCAAGACCUGGAACAUCUACUGUCACUCCCAUGCAAGAAAGAGAGCAAACUCCAUCCACAUUUGAAACCCCUGUACCAGGACAGUUUGCAAGUGAUACACCAAGGACUGCAAAUAAUGACUUCAAGAAUGAGGAUUUACCAUCAAGAGACACAGAUUUGACAAAACUGGAGGAGAAAUCUGAUAGUGAUACAUCAUUGAGCCUAGACAAAUACCUGACCAAGUACACCAGCGAAGACAACGCGUCGUUCCGAGACAUCAUGGCCAGGUCUGAGGAGAAGCAUCGACAGAAACACGCCUGGCUGUAUGAAGCCGAGCUGAACCAUGCGGCUGAGACGGAGGAUAUGCUGAAGUUAAAGAGCUCUGAACAGCUAGCCAUUGAUUCUAGGAGUAAUAGGUUGAACACAUGGAAAUAUGAGGCAAAGAAUGCACUCAUGUAUGUGCCUGAAGGUGUGGAACCAAGUCUUGCAGAGAAACUGUUGAAAAAACCUGAGAAAGAGAUCGCCCACUCCAACACCCGACUGACCUCUGACCCCUUCCCCCGACCCAGCACCGGGACCCUCCCCGGUCUAGCAGGAACAAGCCGACAGGAUGGGAGGGUUGGUGCAGAUGGUAAAGAGUUGACCCCAUCAGACGGUCCCAAGGUCAAUGGCUAUGGUUUUGUGGCUACUCCGUCUCCUGCUCCAGGUGUGAAUGAAUCUCCCAUGAUGACUUGGGGUGAGAUAGAAGGAACACCAUUCAGGUUAGAUGGGGGCGACACACCUGUUCAAAUGGUUAGAGGGCCACAGUUCAAGAUGCCUGGUGUUCCAAAGAAAGAGAAGCUUGGUUUAUCACUGGUUGAUAAGGUGACCAAGAAGAAUAGAGCUAAGAAAGAAGAAGCCUUGCGACGAGUCACCAAGAAUCUUGUCAGUCCAUCACCAAGUCGUUUUGGUUCUGCAAGUCCCAUGGACCGGAUACGAACGCUGUCAUCAGCUGCACAGAAACUCGUCCAAAGAAGCGUGGGUCAAACGGACAAAGCUCUCAGGGCAAGCUACACACCGUCUCCGCAACGCUCUGUUGGUAGUAGGACGCCCUCUCUUGGUGGAACACCCAACAGGACGCCUGGACUAACCCCAGGGAAGUCACCGGCUUCAAGGCGCGCUCAGUCGGUCACUGCGAGUCCCGCCUCCACAAGAACUCCAGCGGAACCACCAAGUUUGACAGACAAUCUCCUCAAUCUACCAAAGAGAACUGCUCCACAAAGACAGAAGGCUACUGAUUUUUUCUAAUAUUUUGUUGAAUAUGCAACAAUUGAUAAACUUUAUUUGCAUCUCUGGAGAUCAGAAGGCAAGAAUAGAAAAAAAGACUCUUUGUCCUGGUAUGGAAAUGGAUCAUCAGACAGGCUGUGACCAAUGCUGGGUCAGAGACUAAAACUGUGUAUAUGUCAACUCGCUCACGCAUGCAGUGCAUGUGUGGCAAGAUACCACUCUUUGAUAG